AAAUCCCUCAUAUUUUCCAUAUUUCUUUAUACCCUCUUUUAAUACUUUUCUUUUCUUCUCAGCUCCCAAAUUCCCCUUUAUUAUCACGAAACUUCCCUUUUGCUGUUUUGCACGCAUAGUCAGACUUAACAUCUCUCUCUUUCUAUCUUUCUCUCUCUUCAUCGCUUCCUUUGAUUUUCUCUCUCUGAAACCCUAAUCUUGAACAGAAUCUGAGUUUCUGAUCUCUGCAACUAUGGCGUCUGGAUCGUCGGGUCGGGCCAACUCGGGGUCAAAGGGAUUCGAUUUCGCUUCUGACGAUAUUCUCUGCUCUUACGAGGACUAUGGAAACCAGGACUCGCCCAAUGGUGGCCACAGCGAACCGGUGAUCAGUUCUAGUUCGGGAAAGGAUUUCCAUAACACUCGAAGGGGAAGAUCAGUGUUUACUGGUGCUGCUUAUACCCAGCCCGAAGAUUCUUUUAACCAAGAUGUGAUUUCUGCUGUGGAAAAAAGCAUGAAAAGAAAUGCUGACAACCUCAUGCGCUUCCUUGAAGGAAUUAGUUCAAGGCUUUCACAGUUGGAAUUAUAUUGCUAUAAUCUUGAUAAAUCCAUUGGAGAAAUGCGAUCUGAUUUGAUUCGUGAUCAUGGAGAGGCAGAUUCAAAGCUGAAGGCUAUUGAUAAACAUCUUCAAGAAGUCCACAGGUCUAUUCAAAUCCUUAGAGACAAGCAGGAACUUGCUGAUACUCAAAAAGAAUUGGCCAAACUUCAGCUUGUGCAGAAAGAGUCUUCUUCAUCAAGCCACCAGUCCACUGAAGACAGGGCAUCACCGCCCACUUCCGAUUCCAAAAAGAAUGACAACACAUCUGAUACUCAUAACCAGCAACUGGCUCUUGCCCUGCCUCAUCAAGUAGCACCAUCACAACAACCUGUGGCACCUCCCGUGCAGCCCCCACCCCAGAACGUGAGUCAACAACCACCAUAUUACUUACCUGCACCUCAGUUGCCAAACCCACCAGCUCCAGCACAACAUCCACAUAGACAAUAUGUGGCAUCCGAUCCUCAGUACCGGACGCCCCAGCUGCAAGACAUCCCUAGAGUAGCACCGCAACCAACACAGUCUCAAGUUAAUCAGACACCACCAGUCCAACAAUUCCCUCAGUAUCAGCAGCAACUUUCUCAACAGUUGCCUCAGCAAGUACAAUUGCCACAACAACCCUCAGUUCGGCCCCCAUCACCUGUCUAUCCUUCCUACGCACCAAGUCAGCCGACAAACCCACCUCCACCUCCAGAGACAUUGCCGAACAGCAUGCCGAUGCAGGUACCUUAUUCAGGAAUUCCUCAGGCUGGAACCAGUCUUGGUGACGCUGUGCCUUUUGGAUAUACUGCACCUGGCAGAGCAGCUCCACAGCAGCUCCCACCUCAGCAAAUGAAGGGCGCUUAUGCAGCGCAGCCAGGGGAUGGCUAUGCAGCCUCAGGACCCCACCCUGCAUUUCCUCCGGGGAGCACAUACAUGAUGUACGAUAGUGACGGAGGGAGAGCCCAUUAUCCACCUCAAGUGCCGCACUUUGCUCAAGGCGGAUAUCCUCCCACGAGCGCUUCUCUUCCUAAUCAGCUGCCCAACGUGGCCCCGAAUGUUAUGGUCCGGAACCCACAGUUCAUGCGAAACCAUCCCUAUGCCGAGUUGAUCGAGAAAUUGGCAAGCAUGGGCUUCAGGGGUGACCACAUUGUGAGCGUGAUUCAGAGGAUGGAAGAGAGUGGCCAACCCAUUGAUUUCAAUGGUGUGCUUGACAGACUGAAUGUGCACUCUUCUGGUGCUCCACAGAGAGGAUGGUCAGGUUAAAAGAUAUAUUUUGGCAUUAUAAUCUGACCUCCAAUUUCAGUGGUAAUCGAUCAUUGCGUGUUUUAGUAUGCAUUGAAUAAAAGGCUGAUAUGUUGCCCUCGGUGUUCUCUUGUAUAUGAUUCGAGUUACCAGGAUUAUUGUAUAUUUAUGAUCUCAAUGCAAGGCCUUAUUGGUAUUGUUUUAAGGCCC